UUCUUAUAGUUGCAGCGUGAUAUUAUAUAGCCUAAAGCCUUCCUCGAUAAAUGGUCUAUUCAACGCAAAAAGAAUUUUUCAAUUCGAACCAGUAGUUCUUGAGAUUAGCUCGAUCAAACCAACAAACAAACAAACAAACUCUUCAGCUUUAUAAUAUUAGUAUAGAUUAAAAUGCACGCAUCAAACCAAAGUGUCGUUUGAAAGUUCACACUAGGUACAUUAUCAAAUUGAGUAUCGUCGCACUCGUGCGCAGACGCCGAAAUCUCCCAGCGAUGAUUAACUUAUAAUUAUUAAGUAUUAAUUAAUUCCGGUGUACUAUGAAGUGAAAUUAAUUCAAAAUGAAGUUUAUAUGUGGUUUUGUUUUGUUGUUAAUUUUUGAAAGAAGCGCUGGUGUCAUAUAUCGGCUCAAUGCAUCGGAGUACUACCGCAUGCCGCCGGUGACCCAUCUGGACCCGUACGAGCUCUGCAUGUCACGACCUGGCGCCUUGUACUGCUCGGCCGAGCUGGCUGUCGUGACUGACGGGCCGAGUCAGCUGUAUGACAUGAUGAAGGAAUACUCCGAACAUGUCGUGACACAUUUCAAUCGGACGAGACUAUUCUACGGUAUCUGCGUCACCAAAACAUGUCCAGAGCUCUACAACGCAAACCAAACGGACCUAACAAACACCCUUGAGGCGUGCCUAAACAAAACUCUAUGGAAUGAGUACCAAUUAAAGUCCAAAGUGACAAAGAUAAUUUCAUGUGAAAAAUAUGGUGACACUAAACACGUAGACGCUGCAGAUAUAAUGGUAGCUGCUAUUUUCGUGAUAAUACUGAUGCUUAACCUUAUCGGAAGCCUGUUUGGAUUCUAUUGCAACUCUAAAAAUAAACGAGCCAACAAUCUUCUGCUGUGUUUCUCCAUUAGCCACAACUGGGAGAAGCUGGUGAAACCCGCGAAUCCAGACCCUGAAGUGGCUAGAUUCAGAGCGCUCAGCGGUUUGAGAACACUUACAAUGAUGUUUGUAAUAUUGGGCCACGCUUUUCUACCGUCAGCAGUGACAGCUGUCAACGAACUGGAGUUUGAACAAAUGUACGACAACCUGGGCUACCAGAUCUUCUUCAAUGGAACCCUGAUCGUGCAGACCUUCUUCGUGAUGUCGGGCUUUUUCAUGAUGACGAAGAUAUUGUCUUAUUCCGAACACCAUCAGAUCACGUGGAAAAUGGUACCCAAGGCGAUCGUAUCAAGAUGGUUGAGACUCACGCCGUCUUACGCAGUGAUUUUAGCUUUUACAUGUACAUGGAUGCGUUUUGGUGGAACUGGACCAUUUUGGACGAGAGUAGCCGACGUGGAGGUGGAAGACUGCCGGCGGGACUGGUAUUACAAUCUGAUGUACAUCAACAACUACAAAGAUGACUCGCAAUGCAUGCCGCAGACAUGGUACAUAGCCUGUGACAUGCAGCUCCACGUCCUCGGGUUGGUCCUCCUGGACGUCUUCCAGAGCGUCAGGGUCAGGAAGAUCGCACUUGGCUGCCUCCUCGCCGUGGGACUGAUGACGCCGUUCCUCCACACUUACUUCCAAAACCUUGAUGCUGUACUUCUUGUUUCUCCAAGCAUCAUGGCAACGUUCUUCGUAACGGAUCCCACCUUCAACAACGUAUACAAGCGAGGUCACACCAACAUCAUCAACUUUGCACUCGGUCUCAUCACCGGCUGGAUCGUGUACAGUUGGCGGAAGAAAAAUAUAGACGAUGGUAGUAUGAAGAAAUACCGGUACGGCAUGUGGCUGGUAUUCCCCGCCAUGCUGACAGUCCUGGGCGUGGGCGCGGUGUUCUACCUGGACCGGCCGCCGCCGCCCGCGCUGGUGCGCGCGGUCUACGCGACCCUGGUGAAGAUCACCUUCGGAAUGUGCAUCGUGUUGAUGAUCAUGGGCUGCGUGCUGAAGGUUGAAAACUUGUACCGAGGUAUCCUGGAGUGGUCUGGGUGGACCAGUCUAGCCCGUCUCUCGUACUGCGCCUACCUCAUCCAUAUAAUGCAUAUCAGGACGUUGGGAGGACAGAAGUCGACGCUCACGCGCGUGUCCUUUCUGCAAAUCAACAUGGAAGCCUACGGCUUGAUUUGCAUCACGUUGACGUCAGCUGUGCCAUUUUGGCUGAUGGUGGAGUCCCCACUAUCCCAGAUCAUACACCUGGCACUGGCCGGGAAGAAGGAGAAACAAGAGACUGACAUCAACAUGAACGACACUGAGCUGGAGAAGAAAACUGACAAAUAAACGUGUUCAAGUAAUGUUACAGUUAUAAAUAAUUUGUGAUAAACAUUGUCAUUUUUUCAUAUUACUGAAAUACAUACAUUUACAUAACCACGUCUAUAUCACAUGCGGGGUAGACAGAGCCAACAGCCUUCGAAAAGCCAUGUCCAGCUCUAUGGGUUUAUAGAUUAUAUAAAUUGACUUCGCCGAGAUCCACUCGGCAACAUUUUGUGCUGUAUAAUGUACAUUUUUAUUGUAUUUUCCUUAGCGAAUAUUAUUAAAGUAAGGUAAGGUUUAUUGUGUAGGUAGCUCUAUAAUUUAUUUCUGUUAAUAUCAGUAAAUUUACAUAAUAGGUUGUACAUACAAUUCAGCAGUAAAAAAAAAUAUAUUUUUAAGUAUUAUAUUUCUUGUGGCAAUAACUUUAAAUUUUUAUUUUGAGAUUUUUAUAAUUAAAAAAUUUGUAUAUAAAGUUAAUUUUUUUUAAGAAAUAUUUCGAUAAAAAAAUAGUUGAUUAUGAUACUUCAAUUUAACUACCUAUAUUUCGGUGGGUAUUGAUGUUUGUUUUUUUUUAAUAUUUUUAUGCCUUCUAUGAUUUUGUUUGAGACGCAAUUUAAAAUGAAAAUUUAAAGAGUGGUUUUAUAAACAUUUAUUGUUCAGUCCUCAUCUUAGAAAUAAGUAUAUUGUUAAA